AUGACAGCCAUCCUGGAGCGGAUCAGCACGCUGUCCCUCAGCGGGCAGCAUCUCAGCCGUCUCCCCAGGCUGCUGGAGGAUGGCUUCCCCAAGAUGCCUUGCACGGUCAAAGAGUGCGAGGUGCCGCAGCUCUUCCGUGAGCCGUACAUCCACACCGGGUACCGUCCCACUGGCCAGGACUGGCGGUACUACUUCCUUAGCCUCUUCCAGAAGCACAACGAGGUGGUCAACGUGUGGACUCAUCUCCUGGCAGCGCUGGCUGUGCUGCUGAGAUUCAAGACGUUUGUGGAGGCUGAGCAGUUACCCGUGGACGCGUGGUCCUUGCCUUUGCUCAUCUUUGUCCUCUCCUCUGUCACCUACCUGACCUGCAGCCUCUUGGCCCACCUACUGCAGUCCAAAUCGGAGCUAUACCACUACACCUUCUACUUCGUGGACUACGUCGGAGUCAGUAUAUACCAGUAUGGUAGUGCCCUGGCCCAUUUCUACUACAGCUCCGACCAAGCCUGGUAUGACAAGUUCUGGCUUUUCUUCCUGCCGGCAGCUGCUUUCUGUGGCUGGCUGUCUUGUGCCGGCUGCUGCUACGCGAAAUAUUGGUACCGACGGCCUUACCCCAUCAUGAGGAAGAUGUGCCAGGUGAUCCCGGCCGGGCUGGCAUUCAUCUUGGAUAUCAGUCCUGUCGCUCACCGGGUGGUUGUGUGUCACCUGGGGGGCUGUGAGGAAGAUGCUGCUUGGUACCACACGUACCAGAUACUGUUUUUCCUUAUCAGUGCUUAUUUUUUCUCCUGCCCGGUCCCUGAGAAGUACUUCCCUGGCUCCUGUGAUAUCAUUGGCCAUGCCCACCAGAUCUUCCACACCUUCCUGGCCAUCUGCACCCUAUCACAGCUGGAGGCCAUUUUAUUGGAUUACAAGAACAGGCAGGAGAUUUUCCUGAAGAGGCAUGGGCCUCUCUCCAUCUAUCUCUCCUGCAUCUCUUUUUUUGGCUUGGUGGCUUGUAGUGCCAUCACAGCUUACAUCCUGCGAUGCAGGAUCAAGGCCAGCCUGGCUAAAAAGGACUCCUGAGAGUCACAAACGUGAUGGUCAUGACAACACCAGGGUGGUGAAAAAUCAAGAAAAGGGGCAUAACAUAUUAGAGACAUAACUGGCUUAUUUGCCUAACACACUGUGACUAACCUGGACCCUGGACUCAGGUGGAGGGCUGGAGACUUCAUGCUGGAUGCAUUUUCACAGCAGGGACUGCCUUCUGCCAUCCAGGGGGACAUGGGGUGUUUUAAGCCAGAACAAGUAAUUUAACCAAGGAUGCUGGAAUAGGCAGAGGUUUCUUGUUCAUUCUGGUAAACCUGUGGGUGAUAUCUUGCUGAAUGUCAGGGCAAGCAGCCUGAAGGCUGUGAGACUGUAGAAAGGUCUGCCAGGGCUCACAACGCAGCGGAGAACACACUGUGAGGACCACGGCUGGAUGUGAUGACCUCUCUGGGUUUUGCCAUCUCUGCUAUCUGUGGGAGACCUGUUACUAUCAAAGACAGUAGCAAGGGUUCAGGAGGAGUCUACAUUUCUAGGGUUCAGCUGCAAGGGCAUGUGUGGCACAGUGGCUGGUAGAAUCCUUUUCCUGCUCCGGCUGGGCUAAGCCAGGUUCUCUCUACGGUCCCCUUGUCAAGUAUCUCAACGCCAGGUUGCUGAGGUGGCUUUGGCAAAGCAUGUUUAGAGACUUAGGCCUGACCUGGGGUCCUCUAGGAUGAACUGGGUCUGAACCUGAGCCCUGUGUCAUGUCUGCUGGUGACUGGUGUGGGUCCAGCACAGGUGAUGUUAGGUCAGCUCCACCUUCUCUUUCUGUAUGACUACACCAUCUGUAGUGGAGCUGCUCAUCAAAACCAAGGAGUCAGGCU